AUGUCCUGGAUAAUAGCUGCUGCCGGAUUCAAAAUCUCCUUCCUUGUUUUGUUUCUGAAACUCCCUCCUAGUGCUUUGUAUAAUUCCAAACAGUCGCCUAUUACCACAACAUCUUUGUACCCUAGUCUUGUUGAUAGCGCAGCUAUUUCUUCUGCCUCCCCUGAACUUUGUGAACCUUAUGAAGCAUGUCUCGGAAAACUCGUCAUUUCAAAGGUUCAUAAUGACAUGAUUAAUCUGGAAAAGAAGGUACGUCUGGAGUUGCUUUAUAAUGAUAUUUUUGAUGAAGUGGUAACCAUCUGUGCAUCUAAGAGCAUGUACAUCAGAGGAUCAACCCAAACUACUUUGAAUAGCGAUGACGGAAUCCUGCGUCUCCAAGAUGUCCUACACCCAUAUGCAUCGUAUACAGAUCCAAAAAGCAUCCCUCUGCCUCCUCUUGUGACUCUUCCACGUUGCCAAACCCAAAUCGUCACUAACGUGUCAAUGUCCACCUCUUCUCCAGAGGAUGAAAACUGUGUUGUUUCUGUCAAGUUCUUGGGACCUCAGCUCAGUUUUUGCAGACCAGAUCAUAGUAAACCCGCGUGGAUCAAUGUCAGGAUCGAUAACUCAUGCUUCUUCUCUUCUCGUGUUAUGUUUUCCAAGAAAGAGGGCAUGUUUCACAUUGUAGGAUCUGGAGGCCACCUCAUGGGGUCAUGGGAUCUCCAGAAUCACAGACACAAGAUUAUUCAGAGGUUGCGCUUUAAAAACAUUCCCGAGUUAACCAAGACCACAAAAGAGCUUAUGGAUUCGUGCUGCACGUACGAGCAUUUGGUGGAGUCAGUAACCACGGGAGAAACUUUCGUGGUUAAGCAGUACAAGAAGACAGUCGAGUUCGAUGAUGAAGGUGUUGCCAAAACUAGAACAGAAUAUUUAAUGGUGUUCAAACUAGACGGUGAAGGCAACGCGGUUCACACUGAAGACAUAGGACAUCUUGUCAUUUUCCUCUCAAUGUCUGAACCUUUUUGUCUCCGGGCUACUUCUUUUCCUGACCUGCUCCCGAACAGCGUUGAAAGCUUGGAUUAUUGA